AUGACGACUUCGAACGCUAGGCCUCCCCGUUUACAACGACUAAAGCAUGCAUUCUCAUCCCCUUCCGCUUUCCACCAAGCACUCAUCCUUAAAAGCUCAACCUCGAUCCUCAUCAACGAGGAUCUAGCCCCUUCUCCACCUUCUCGACAUACAUGGACUGUCUGGAGCUUCUUCGCAUAUUGGUGGUCUGAGUCCUGGAAUGUGUCGACAUGGUCUGUCGGAGCAUCCUUCAUUGCACUUGGAGCAACUAUUCGAGAUGCGCUCCUCGUGGUCUUCUUCGCCAAUCUUCUGUCAGCAGCCGUUAUUGUGCUGAAUGGUAGAGCGGCAGCGAGAUAUCAUAUUGGCUAUCCUGUUAUCUCUCGUUCAAGCUUUGGCAUUAGAGGCGCCUAUUUUGUCGUCGUGCUGCGUUCAAUCUUGGGUAUCAUCUGGGGUGGAGUUCAGCUUUACUUCGAAGGGCAGUUUAUCUCCGUCUGCUUACGAUGUAUCUUCCCUGGUUGGGAGCGAAUCCCUAACGUCAUUCCUGAGAGCCAACAUAUCACGACACAAGUUAUGGUCGGCUUCUUCUUUGCCUUCUUGUUCACCAUUCCUUUUCUCUUCAUUCACACAUCUAAGAUCCAACAUUUAUUCAGCGUCAAGUCAGUAAUUAUGCCUCUUGCCGGCCUAGGCAUAGUGAUUUGGGCGACAACUGAGAAUGGAGGAGUGUCAUCUGGUGUAUUCGAGAACUCCGGAACUUCAACGUCAACAUCAGUGCUUGCUUGGGGUAUUAUAUCACAAUUCAGUGCAGUCAUGGGCGCGAAUUCGGCACUGCUUGUCACAGUUCCAGAUUUGGCUCGGUACUCGAAGACCAAAAAUGCUCAACUAUGGGGUCAGCUAAUCAGUUUACCAAUUGGCCAAACCUUGUGUGCAUCUUUUGGCAUUAUUGCUACAUCUGCGGUUCGAAAUCUGUAUGGAGAGGCAUAUUGGAAUCCUUACGACCUUCUAAAUCGCAUUCUUGACGAAUCGUAUUCAUCGAAAGCCCGAGCUGGUGUUUUCUUUGCGUCGGCGAGUUUUGCGUUUGCGACUCUGGGUACCUCCAUUGCUUGCAACUUCAUCCCCUUUGCUGCCGAUGUGACUUGCCUUCUUCCCAAAUAUAUCAACAUUAUUCGUGGUCAACUAUUGUGUCUGGUCAUCGCUUUUGCGAUUGUCCCAUGGCGUAUCGUUGCCACGGCCAACGGCUUUCUCAACUUUCUCGGGGGCUAUUCCAUCUUUCAAGGUCCCGUCGUGGCCGUGAUGUUAAUCGACUACUUGAUUCUUCGUCGUGGCAAUCUUAGUCUAACUGACCUAUUCACCCUGUCAUCCGAAGGCCGUUACUACUUCUUCCAUGGCUUCAAUGUUCGAGCGUUCGCGGCUUUUGUAAUUGGAUUCUUACUUCCCCUACCCGGGUUUGCAGCCAGCUUUGGACACAACAUCAACAUCGCCGCCACGCACAUGUAUUCACUGGGUUGGGUGUUGAGUUUCUUGAUGGGCUGCUUGUCAUACUAUAUCAUUUGCCUGCUGUUCAAGCUACCAGGUGAUGAUGGCAAGCAAUCUUUCGAGUCGCAGGUACAAUCAGCAGAGCAGAUCAUAAUUGAAGGGUUUCAUGUAGAGACUGAAAGCCAUGGAAGUGCGGCGAGCAUUGAGUCAGACCAGAUCAAAGAGCGCGAGGUGGUGGAGAAAAUGGCUUGA